CACGCCACGGGGAACGCAGGCGGAAGUACCGUGAGGCUAUGAACAUUUUGAUGUCAUGAAUGUCAAACCUUAGGUUGGUUACAUUUUUGGUAAACCAAUCCCAUAAUGUCUAGUUACAGGUUUUGGACAACGUUGGCUUUAGGAAAAUACACUGCAGUAAACAACACAUCGGUGUUUUGCAGUAUGAACUUGUUAAACAGAAUACAGACACGUGCAUAUGCGAAGAAAGUCGGGAUAAAGGGAAAAGGUAAAGGGAUGGUGAAGGAGGAAUUAAAAGGUCCAGAGGUUUGUAAAGAUCCUGUCAGGCUCACUACUUAUGCUGUAGGUGUUAACAUCUACAAGGAAGGAGACGACCCCAAGCUGAAAAAUCCUGAAGAAUACCCUGGGUGGUUGUAUGAGCUACACCUGGGAGCAGCUAAAAAGCUAACUGAGCUGGAGCCCGAGAGCUGGCAAUACUGGAGACGUCUGCGAAAAGAAAACAUUUGGCGUUCCAACAGAUUAAGUAAAGGAAAGCAGUUUUAAGCCACCAUUGGAUGGACAUUUACAGUUACAAAUGACAACAUCACAGUCUUGUGUUUUGUACUCAUAUGGACUGAAUUACUAUUAAAAAAGUUGAUGUUACACAUCAUGUUGUUCAAUAAAAUGUUUGUAAAAAC